CUUGUUGGAGCUGAGCUGCCCAACUACAACAGCUGCCAGACCCUGGGACCGAGCAAGGGCUUCAGGCACAUCGACCACUAGGCCCAUCGGAGGGAGACGGACUCAGCUACCAGCUCUGGCUCGUCUUGCCUGGCGCCAUGACCUUCUCCGAGCUUAUCGAUCGCGUGGGCAGCAAGGGCCCCUUCCAGUUGCUGCACGUGGUCCUGCUAGGCCUCCCUGUCUUCGGCAUAGCCAACCACAACCUGCUGCAGAUCUUCACAGCUUCCACCCCCGAGCACCACUGUCGCCCGCCUCCCAAUGCCUCUGCAGGGCCCUGGGUGCUCCCCAUGGGCCUGAAUGGGAAGCCUGAGACGUGCCUCCGUUUCGUGUAUCCAUCCAACGCCAGCCUGCCCAACGACACCCAGGGGGCCACGGAGCCCUGCCUGGAUGGCUGGGCCUACGUCAGCACCAGGGACUCCAUUGUGACUGAGUGGGACUUGGUGUGCAACUCCAACAAACUGAAGGAGAUGGCCCAGUCUAUCUUCAUGGCGGGCAUACUGGUUGGGGGGAUCUUGCUGGGAGACCUGUCAGACAGAUUUGGCCGCAAGCCCAUCCUGACCUGCUCCUACUUUCUGCUGGCGGCCAGUGGCUCGGGCGCAGCCUUCAGCCCCACCCUCGCCUCCUACAUGGUCUUCCGCUUCCUGUGUGGCUUCAGCAUCUCAGGCAUUUCCCUGAGCACCGUGAUCUUGAGUGUCGAGUGGAUGUCCACCCAGCUACGGGCCAUCACGUCAACUUCACUAGGCUACUUCUACACCAUUGGCCAGUUUAUUCUGCCCGGUCUGGCCUACGCCAUCCCCCAGUGGCGCUGGCUACAGUUAACCGUGUCCAUUCCCUUCUUUGCCUUCUUCGCUGCAUCCUGGUGGGUACCAGAAUCCUUACGCUGGAUGAUCCUGUCUGGAAAGUCCCCGAAGGCCCUGAAGAUACUCCGGUGGGUGGCUACCUUCAAUGGCAGGAAGGAGGAAGGAGAAAAACUCAGCCUGGAGGAGAUCAAACUCAACAUGCAGAAGGAGAUCACCCUGGCCAAGGUCAAGUACAGCAGAGCUGUCCUGUUCCGGAUUCCCAUCCUGCGCCGUAUGACCCUCUGUCUCUCCCUGGCCUGGUUUGCCACCGGCUUUGCCUACUACAGUUUGGCUAUGGGUGUAGAAGAAUUUGGAGUCAACCUCUACAUCCUCCAGCUCAUCUUUGGUGGGGUUGACAUCCCAGCCAAGCUCAUCACCUUUCUCUCCAUAAGCUAUCUGGGCCGGCACACCACUCAGGCCAUCACUCUGCUCCUGGCAGGAGGGUCCAUCCUGGCUCUCAUCUUUGUGCCCUUGGACUCGAGGACCCUGAGGACAGUUCUGGCUGUGUUUGGGAAGGGAUGCCUGUCCAGCUCCUUCAGCUGCCUCUUCCUCUACACGAGCGAGCUAUUUCCCACUGUCAUCCGGCAAACAGGCAUGGGCGUAAGUAACAUGUGGACCCGCGUGGGAAGCAUGAUGGCCCCGCUGGUGAAAAUCACAGGGGAGGUGAAGCCUUUCAUCCCCAAUGUCAUCUUUGGGACCGCCGCCAUUGUGGGAGGCAGUGCCGCCCUCUUUCUACCUGAGACCCGCAAUCGGCCCUUGCCAGAGACUAUUGAAGACUUGGAAAGCUGGUUCCUGCCCGAAAAGGAGUCAAAGCAGGAGGUGGAAGCAGAAAAGGCAUCCCAGAUGAUCCCCCUGAAGCCUUGUGGACCCGGCCUGAGCCCCAGUUGAGGGCAACAGAACGCCCCUUCCCUGCCCUCCAGAGACUAAUCUCAGCCAGGUCCCUGCCUGCCUCUAGGCUCCCUGGGCACCCUCCAGGGUGCAGGGGGUCUGGGCAGGUCCAUGCUCCUGGGACAAAGUCUUCUGAGAGCUUAGUGAAAACAUGUCCACCACCACCACCAGAGCCCCCAGCCCAGCCCUGGCCAGAUCAAAGGUUUGGCCACAGGCCUUGCCAUAACCCCCGCCUCUUGCCCUCAUCCGCCCUGCAGCCCAGGCCCUUCCACACUGGUCACCUUCCCACAUUGUUCCAGUCCCCUUCCCUUGAGGGCCCCUGGGUCUCCUGGCUCAAUCCUAACAAAGACAGCUUCCCCUUCUUGCCCCUCACUCCUUUCUUCAAUGGGAAGUUUCAAUAAACAACAAUGAAGGACUCAA